AUGUCGCCUCGGGUCUUUGAGAAACGACUAUCCAUCUCUUCCGUAGUCCAGGAAAUGUUUAUUGAACUGUGCACAAUCAGUCUAGAGGAAUGUAUAACUUACCAUCUUCAAAUUGAUCAAAGCAUUGAAGAUCGAUCAGCCGCACCGCGUGCAGUACAAAGGAAGUUAUGUAGAGAAGCUGCGCAAUUGUUCGAGCAUCAUGGUGCAAUAGUUGCUCCGCAGCAGGACUAUGAGGUCUUUGUGAUUGUUGCUCGCUGCACAUUUCUAGAGGGGAAAGAAUUUCUUGAUUGGCUUCAUGAUAAGUUUCUUAAGAUAGUUGGAACGAACCGUGCUGAUACCCAAAUGAUCGAAAAGUGUCUUCAUUACACUCUGACCCUAUGGUUGGCACCUCAUCAUUAUUACACUGUCGGCAAAACUCUAGUUACAGGCCUAAUCUUUGGUGCAGCUGGUCCAAAGCUGAUCAGACUAAAUGUGAAGUCGGUGAUUUUCUUGGACAGUCAGUUCGUUGCUUGCCCAGGUAAGAUCACUUUGAGUUUUGAUAGUCAAGCACGACUACCAUCUGAGAAAGCCGCUCAGUUAAAAUAUCUCCCGCUCUGUACGUAUUUGGCCAUUCUUUACAAAUCUUCAAUGCUUGUGAACUUUAAGCCCGUAGUCUGUAAGUGA